AUGGGCAUCUUGACAGUUCUGCUCUUCAUCCGCUCUAUUUACCGCACUGCCGAGCUUGCGGACGGUUGGGAUGGCGUGAUCAUCAGCACUGAGUGGCCGUUUGACAUCUUCGACGGUGCUAUGAUCACGCUCGCCAUGAUCUCAUCGAACGCCAUUCAUCCUGGACUAUUCCUCGUGCCCGAGGAGAUACCAGAUACGGUCGAGUACAAGAUGACCCCGAGACCGGUUUCACCAUCUGUCGAGACGAUGUGGGAAUACAGAGACGAGUAUCGAAACCAUACUGCCGUCUGA